GAGAGAGAGAGAGAGAGAGAGAGAGAGGAGUUGGUCCAUCGUCUCUGGAGCGGAGGACGGAGACGCACCGGCCUCAUCGGGCCGACAUGAGGGGGGAUUAGCGCCGCCGCCGCGAUGCGCAACCUGGAUGUUUAAAGGCCGAAGCUCCGCGUCUGCCUCGGACCCGCGCAGGAGACCCGACGUCUGUUCCAUCCAUGAGAUCUGCGGCGCGGCUCUACCGCCCGGUGGUCGCGCAGACAAACACACGAUGAAGAAGCAGUUCAACCGGAUGAGACAGCUCGCCAACCAAACCGUGGGCAGGGCUGAAAAGACAGAAGUAUUAAGUGACGACCUGCUGCAGGUGGAGAAACGUCUGGAGCUGGUCAAGCAGGUCUCCCACAGCACCCACAAGAAGCUGACCGCCUGUCUGCAGGGCCAGCAGGGCGUGGACGUGGACAAGAAGUCCGUCAGGUCGCCCUCGGUGAGGAGCAACCCCGAGAAAAAGCUUCCUCUCACGACGCUCGCACAAUGUUUGGUGGAGGGGGCGGCAGUGCUCGGAGACGAGUCUCUGCUCGGGAAAAUGCUGAAGCUCUGCGGCGAGACGCAGGACCGACUCGCCCAGGAGCUCGUCAUGUUCGAGCUCACCGUCGAGAGGGACGUGGUGGAGCCUCUGUACGACCUCGCGGAGGUGGAAAUCCCAAACAUCCAGAAACAAAGGAAACAUUUAGCAAAACUGGUCCUGGACAUGGACUCGGCGCGAACACGGUUUUAUCAGUCUACCAAGUCGUCAGGUCUGUCCAGCAACCUGCAGCCGGCGGGAGCCAAGGCCGACCACCUCAGGGAGGAGAUGGAGGAGGCAGCCAACCGCAUGGAGAUCUGUCGAGAUCAGUUAUCGGCAGACAUGUACAGUUUCGUGGCCAAAGAACUUGACUAUGCGAGCUACUUCCAGACGCUGAUCGAAGUCCAGGCCGAGUACCACAGGAAGUCGUUGGAGCUGCUGCAGAGUGUUCUGCCCCAGAUCAAAGCUCAUCAGGAGACCUGGGUGGAGAAACCGUGCUAUGGGAAGCCACUAGAGGAGCACUUAGCGCUCAGCGGGAGAGACAUCGCCUUCCCCAUCGAGGCCUGUGUCACCAUGCUGCUGGAGUGUGGCAUGCAGGAGGAGGGUCUGUUCAGAAUCGCUCCGUCGGCCUCCAAACUGAAGAAGCUGAAGGCGUCGCUGGACUGCGGCGUGUUGGACGUCCAGGAAUACUCUGCAGACCCGCACGCCAUCGCAGGGGCGUUGAAGUCCUACCUCCGCGAGCUCCCUGAGCCGCUGAUGUCGUUUGAACUCUACAACGACUGGAUCCAGGCCUCCAACAUCCAGGACCAAGACAAGAGGCUUCAGGCUCUCCUGAGCGCCUGUGAGAAACUACCGCCAGCCAACAACAACAACUUCAAGUAUUUGAUCAAGUUCCUCUCCAAACUGACCGAGGACCAGGAUUUGAACAAGAUGACGCCUGGAAACAUCGCUAUCGUCCUCGGACCCAACCUGCUCUGGACACACAACGAGGGCAGCAACAUCACGGAGAUGAUGACGACGGUCUCCCUGCAAAUCGUCGGCAUCAUCGAGCCCAUCAUCCAGCACGCCGACUGGUUCUUCCCAGGAGAAAUCGAGUUCAACGUCACAGGGAACUACGGCAGCCCCGUCCACACCAACCACAACGCCAACUACAGCUCCAUGCCGUCUCCGGACAUCGACCCGAUGGACCGCCGGCAGUGCGACCAGAGCCGCCGGCCUCUCAGCGUCGCCACGGACAACAUGAUGCUGGAGUUCUAUAAGAAGGACGGCAUUAGGAAGAUACAAAGUAUGGGUGUCAGGGUGAUGGAUACCACUUGGGUGUCGCGCAGGGGCUCGUCGUCCGCGCGUAAAACCUCCUCCACGCCGCCGAGCGUGCAUCCCCCCGUCCCGCCCACUGACGCUCUCGCCCCCGAGCAGCCCGGGGAGUUCGCCAUCUCCCCCUCCCCCACCCCUCCUCCCACUAGCAGUGACCGAGCCAGCUCGGACGAUGCAUCCUCCAAUUGGUCGGACUCCGGCUACGCCUACCCCUCCCCUGAGGAGGAGAGGCCGCCUCCCCCUUACCCGUCUUCCUCAUCUUCCUCCUCCUCCUCUUGCUCUUCCUUCUCGCUCCCUCACCACCAUUUCCACACCCGAGCACCUCCGGGUGUGCGUCCCGUCGCUCCCAGCCCCGAGUCCGUGGCGCCCGGCCCGUCCCCUCCCCCCCGCCGCUCUGGCUACAGCCCACCCCCGCUCCCCCACUCUCUGUGCCCCUCCCCUCAGCAGCUUGACGUCAACUCCAACCCCAAACCCAGCUCCCUGCACCUUCCCAAACAGGCCUCCCUGUCCGAUGCUCCGCAUGCGCCCCUGUCCGAAACUAAUGGCUCCAUCCUUUACAUCAAACCCCCGCUCGUUCUCACUCGUCACGACCUUUUCCUGGGCUCCCCCAAACCCCCCAACACUCCCCUCUCCGCUCCCCCUCCAUGGGCAGCCUGUGCCUGUAGCCGAGAGAGAGGAGCCAAGCUGACUAGCACUCUGAAGAACAAGGAGCUGUCUCCCGUCAUCGGACAGAAGGGACUGCAGGGAACCAUGACCUCUAGUGGACAGACGCAGCACUCGGAGCACAGCCCACUCACGCUGAGGAGAGCCAAGAAGCUGGCCCCGAUCCCUCCCAAAGUCCCGUACUGUCAGUCCGGAGCCAUGUCCGACCAGUCCACGGGUCAGCCGUCUCCCGUCAGCCUGUCGCCCACUCCGCCCAGCACGCCCUCCCCGUACGGCUUCAGCUACCCCCAGGGAUACGCCACCAUCGGCUCGCCGGUCCAGUCCCAGAUGGCCACCACGCCGUGUCUCUCGUCUCCUCCCUCGCUGGCCGGGACUCUCACGAAGGCCAGGCCGACCCCCAAGCCGCCCCGGCAGAGGCCCAACUUGCCUCCUCCUCAGCCCCCCUCCACGCCCGGCAGCAGUCCGCAGCCUCUGGAGAAUUCCCCGGGUCUCCUGGACGGUUUGUCUCCUGGGGAAAGCAUGUCCACAGAUUCUCUCUGCAACCUGGACAUCCCCGUCAUUGACAUGGAACUGGACAGCAUUUUUGACUUGGCCCACAUCUCCCCCUUCAGGAACUCGGUGGCGCUGCUCGGGUUGACCAAAACCAGAGCGGAGUCGGAGGAGGAGACUGAGAGCACAAUGCUAUGAUGCCACUGAGCCCCCGCCCCCGCCCCCACCCCACCCCCAGGCUCCACUCACUGACCUUUCACCUCACCAGCUGGAUCGCACCCCUCACCUGCACUCGAUCCAGAGGGGCCGACCUGUAAAAACAAGCCCUAGCAUUAAUAUUAAAAAAUGAAGAAAAAGAAAUCUCCCUUCUCACAAUCACACGAGGAGUCGGUGACUCCGUGGGCCGGGGGACGUUUGACUGCAAAAUAUGUUUUGUUUUUAUUUAACGUUUUUUUUUUUUUUAAUUUGAUGUUUUUGCCUUAUUUGAUUGACUUGCAACAUUGCCUUUAACUUCACACACGAGACAGGAAACAGCCGGCGGGAGGAACGAGUGCUCUUUGCUGCUGCUGCUUCUCCUGAGUGACUUUUCCGAAGGAAGAGGAACAUGGUACUGUACGUCCGUCCUGUCAACACUGAGGCUUCCUCCUCCUCCUUCCCUCCUCUCUCCUCCCUCCUCCCUCCUCCCUCCUCCGGCCCUCAGGGGCGUGACCGCCGACACGCCUCGCUCCGACAUGCGGCGGCAACAACCCCACGAAUAUCUGUCCCCGCUGAGUGUUUCACUGUGAGUGUGCCAGUGUGUCAUUUUGGAAAAGUGUGUGUGAGUGCGCGUGUGUGUGUGCGUGUUGUGAUUGCUAAUUGUAUUAUAUGAUGUCGCACUGUUGGAUGUUGUGGAGCAUAAACAGGAAUGCAUGUUUUUAGAUGUUUUAGGAAAAAUAACUAUUAGCAGGCUGCAAAGAGGUUUCAACGCCCAGUUUCUCCGUAUUCACACGGCAUCCGAUCAGAAUAUCAAUCACUGACUAUUUAUUGUUUAUACUGUACAAUUUUCAGAGUAUAUGACACGGUAAACCUUGUAAAGCAGAUCAUAUUUUGUAUCCACAGGAGAGACGUAAAGACACCGCCUCCUCCAGAUGAAAUAGAGUGGAGGCUGUUGGGGAGCUAUUAGAUAUGAAAUUUUUCUCCGAAUUAUUUCGGGCUGUGAGCAGUUACAUGGGAUUUUUACAUUUUUCUGUGUCUAACAAUGAUUUCGGUUGAAUCCACAGAAAAGAUGAGAAUGUGCAGGUUUGGUUCAGUGGAGCCUGAAGCGUGACACCGAGACAUUUACUGAAAUCAAACUAAUAUUGAAAUGAAGUGCCAUAAAACGCUUGCAAAUCAAAAGUCUAUUUUCACUUUCUACUACUUCUUCUUCGCUGCUUUUUGUGGGUUCCCCGCUGUGCUACCCUGCGCGCUACUGCCCCCAACUGUGGAUCGGCGGAACAGCGGUUGGCACGCAACACAAAAACGAGACAGUGUACCUUUAAUAUUUGUUAUUAUUGAUUAAGAAGGAGGUGAUCACAAAUGUCAAAGUGAGAAACAAAAGAUGGAAUAUGACAGGAAUGAGUUCCUUUUUAAAUUAAGAUGAUGAAUUCCUCAUUUUAAGACGGCAUGAGAAAAAAUUGAAUUAUCUUUUUAUGUACCAACUAAAUUUUAUUUAAACUUGCGUCAACUUGUGUUUUUGGCCACUAAUGGUCAACUUACACAACCUGUCAACAUAACACUGAUACACCACCACCUUUUAAAGUAGAUAUGGUGAAGUUGUUUUGCAAAAAGUUACAGAAUUCAUAGCAUUAUUUGGAAAAACAUGUUUAUUAAUGUUGCGGGUGGUAAAACCAAACCAAUGGGCUGAAAGAUGCUAAAGACACAGAGUGCAGCUCCUGUAAGUUUAAUAAUGUACAAUUAAAAUGGAAAUUUAGACUGUUUUAAAUGAGCUAAUAGUUAAAUUAUGAAAAUGAUGAAAAGUAAAAGUCUAUAAUUCCUCUGGUGGCACACUUCAGGCUCCGCGUGGGAGAAUCGCCGCAGGCUGUUCGGAGCAUAAAGGCACAAGAUUGUGUCCUCGUGCCCCCGAGGCAUCGUAACGUCAAAUCACAUCGUAAUGUAAAACUGAACAAAAACUGUUUUGACCCAGAAAAGAGAGGUGCUAUUUUUUUUGUUGUUGUCAGAAACGAAUAUCCCCGGCAGCCCCAGAGGAACUGAAACACAAGCACACACUUCUUUUCUUUCUUUUUUUCUGACAGGGCAGUUUUUCAGGAGCCCUGAUCUGAUGAUGAUGAUGCAGAUAUUUUUUUGCUCUAUAUUCGUGAAACCCAGAGGCGAGUGCAAAGAUAUAAGUGUACAUGUUUAUUUUGAUGAGAGUAUUUAUACGGAUAUAUUUCUGAGUACUUUUUACGAGGUCUUGAGGAGUUUGCGAUUGUUUCCGUCCCACACAUGAACAUCUCAUCUGAGGAUUUAAAAAAAGAAAAGAAGAGAAGAACACAGGACCAGAAUUGACCUGCUGUCACAUUUAGAACCUUAUUCAGGAAUCAGAUGUUCAGUUUGAGAGAAAACUGGGGCAACAAGGUUAUUUCUUAGGUUUGUUAUUUGCCUUUUGCGGUGGGUUGUUGUUGUUGUGACCUACAGUAUCCAGAUUUGUAAGAUUUUCUUUUUUUCUUUUGUCCUGAGAACAUCCACGACACUCGGCCUCCGAGUCACUGUGCUGCUCCGCCGUCCUCUCACUCUCUCUCUCUCUCUUCAAGUGCGAUAUCGUUCACAGGACUUUUUGUAAAUAUUGAAACAUCUGUACAUACACGUUCUGUAUAUACUGACGGGAGAAAUCUAAAUAUAUAUAUAUAUAUAUAUAUAUAUAUAUAUAUAUAUAAAGAGAGAGAGAUAGAUAUAUACAAAUACUGUAUUGAAGAACAUAACUGAGGAUGAACAGUAUGACAUUAUACUGUACAUAUAAUAUUAUAAUGUUGCUCGUUCUAGCACAAUAAUGCCACAUUCACACAACGUAACAUCAAGUAGAAUCCGUACAGUAGAGCUCAUGAAAUCUAGUUUGUAGAUUCUCUAGAUAAAAAACGUACGCCUGCUGCACGCUGUUGAAACAACAGGACAGUUUUCAUUCUGCAUAUGCUUGUUCCAACACGACACACUGUGUGAUUUAAAAAAUUCAGGAUGUCCUCGCGCAUCAUUUUGUACAUUUUUGGCCAUGCAGAGUUUGAGAGGUUAGAAGCGGGACAGCGGACGGACGGACGGACAGCAGAUGAGGAAGCUUAUGAGUGAGGAUAGAUGUCUACACAUGUUAUGUUCUUCAUAUCAAAUCUAAGACUUUGAGUAAUUUCUAUAUCCCUCCUUAGUGCCCUGCUGUGACUUUAAAUUGAGAACUCGCACAACAAGUUUUCUGAAAAUGUAUCCUGCAGAUUAUUCACUGUCUUAAAGGGGCAGUACGUGAUUUAAUCCAUAAUUUUUUGUAAAAUUCAGUGAAUAUUUCCUCACUAGCUGUUAGAUUUCUCGGUGCCGCGCCGGCUCUGUAAAUUGAAAACAAAAAGUGCAGUCAAAACAAUCAACAACAAACAAUCUUUCUCCAAAAUCGCUUACUGCCCCUUUAAUCAAUUGAUCGUUUGGUCUAUAAAAUGUCAGGAUAUAGUGAAAAAAACCCAAUGGCCAUCGCAAGUCUCCUAAAGGUCAAAGUGCUGCAUCAACAAAGAAAAGCUGUGAAUCCUAAAACUAGAUUAAUUUUGGUAUUUUCAUCAAAAAUAGCUCCAAGUUAUUAACCGUCCAAUCAGAUAAACCCGUUAAUCGACUCAGCUUCAAAAACGAUUUCACAAUAGUUACUGGCUUCAAUCAGAUCCUGCAGCUAAAUCUAAACCAGCACAGCAGAAACUACUUUCACAAGUAUAUUUGUAAUUUGGAUAUUUAUAUAAAAACCUGACGACAGUUCAGUUUGAGGUCGUUGCCGAGGCGAGCGGUCUGUCCCGUCCUGCGUCGGUGUGGCAACGUGCUGCUCUUCGUUUUGUACUACAGGGCGUCAGAUCCGAUCAGAGCAGAGGCUUGUACAUACAGUAACCAGUCAAAACACAACUUUAUGAACAAUAACCCUGUCGAGCAGAGACGGUCAAUGUGCGUUUCCAUUGUUACAGCUUUUGUAAGCAUGUCCUCUCUGAGCACUGACACGCGAAGGAAGGCCUUUGGAUUCAGAAGAGAAGAGAAUAUUGGUGGAAUGUACUGGUGAUAGAUGACGUGCUCACCUCAUAGGCCGUGAUACAGGCGGAUUUGUGUGUGUUGUGGACAUAGUUUCAAGUAAAAGAAGGGUAGAGGGGUAUUUAAUGAAAAAAUAAAUAUAUAUGUAAGUGUGUGAGUCCUAAUUUUAUGGGGGAGGAAGGUGUUUGAUUGGACUUUGUCCUGUGAAACUCGGCAGCAUGCUUUUUUUAACCAUUGCCCUCUUGAAUAUGUCUCAUUUUCGGUCCCUAUCUUAUUGUGCUUGAAUUUAUUUUAUUUUUUUAAAUAAGUGAAUAGAUCGACCUUUGCAACAGAAGAAUAAAAUAUUGCUCCCUUUUUUUUUCUUUGUCAAUGUCCCUCAUGGAUUCUGCCAACGAUGUGUUUGAAUCGCUCAUGAUUUCCUGUUGUCACCUCGUAUCUUCUGUGUUGCAGCAUCUUCCAGUUUUUUUUUAAUUAUCUUUAGAAUAUAACAUUUUUAAAAAAGCUCAUCAGACUGAAAACGUCAUCUUUUUUUUAAUUACUGUUUAUAGUUUUGUUUGUUUGUAGAUUACACUGUGGUGCAUGAAGUUCAUCUCAAAUCAUCUUUUCUUUUCUUUUUUGCUGAAGUUUAACUUCCAAGUAUUGGGGGCCAAAAACAAAAAGGGAACAUGAGGGAGAACAUAAGGAACCUUUAUUAAAAAGUUCUUUGUGUCAAACUGUAGUGAUGCUGUGGACUCUGAGUGAAGUGGAACACAGUGUAAGAUACAGUACAAGAAGAAGAAAAAAACUAAACAAAGAGAAUCCUCAUCCGAAUGUUGAAACUAUUAAAAAAAUGUUUUUUUUUAUAUUA